AUGCGCAAGUCUACCCGCCUUGCGCAAGGCAACCACACUCAAAGCCACCAAAGUCCGGAUCUGACUGGCUCGGUCGCUCCCGCGCCUCGGACCCCACAUCACCAAAAGCCGAAUGGCGCUGCACUCAAGCAGCUCAUCCAGUCCCUAGACGCGAAAUGGCAAUUAGGCCUGAGAGUGGAUGAGCAUCGAUCUCCCGCUCAAGACCGUACGGCCGCAGACAUAAUCAAGGCUAGAAUUCAGCACCUCUUCUUCGUUUCAAAACCGACUCUUGAUGAGGUGCUGGCAACCUUUGAAAGUAUUGCAGCUGGAUUUGCGCAUAGCCAGCAUCUCGAUCUGCUAGAUGGACUGCUCAAGAGCAAGCGGGCUGUGAACUCAUCGCAGUCGCGAACGGACACGUUCAUUGGCACAGCAAAUCAUCCACCAAAGAGCCUGUCAUCUACAGAGCAGAUUCCUCACUCCGGUGGCCGGUUUCAGGAACGAGAGUCAAGAUACAACGAAGUCAAACUAUGCGCAACUCCUGUCGAUUCUGGCUCAUCAACAGACGUAGACACGGACGAUGAAUUCGUUACUCCUCGUUCACAAUCCCCGUCGCCAUCAUGCAGAUCUGCCAAUCGACGACAAAAGGCAAGUCCUUUCGUUUCCUUACGAUCCGGUGAUCGGAAACGCCCUUCAGAUAGCUCAGAGGACAGUGGAAUAUCACCAAGAUUGACAAAAUUUCUCAAAGGAAAACAGUCAGCAGGCUCAUCAGUCGCACCGAUAGCCACACCCCCGCUUUUCAAGAAGCCUGCUCUCCAUAUGGCACGUUCUUUUCAAGCUGGCACGACGAGCUUCUCAUCUGUCAACACCUCGUUCAAUAACACGGCAGUAUCAUCGCAGGAGACCAACGCCACAUCGAUCAACACAUCUUUCACGUCUCACGACGGCGAUGUUGACCCAGACAGAGCACGUUUUUGUGAAGCAGAAACAGCGGCUUUCGUUGUAGAGAAACAGAGAGAGGUUGAUCGCAUCUUGUCGCAGAAUCAGAGCCGUGAAAGUAACUCUAGUUACGAUUCAAUCGACGAAAAUGAGUUACUGAAAAUAGAAAUUGCUCAUCAAAAGGAACAAAAACUUGAGCCAGCUGUACCCAAUGGGAAAUCGGCCACAUGUACCUCCGUUCACGCUGGAACAACGCAAAUAACAAGCAGAUCUUCGAACGGUUCUGCAACAGAAUAUCUGGAACAUCUGUCAACGAUAGAACCCUUACACCCAGUGGAUCCAUCCGUUCAUUAUCCGACUCUCGAACUAGCAGAUAUUCGACAGCGAAACGCCUCAGAAGAGCCUGUCCAUGACCCACCUCUGCAGGCGAUCACUCCUGCAAAGUCUCCGGAGAAGCUGUCGUGGUACAUAAAGAACCUGCCGUACCAGAACAUAUUUAUGGAUACUGAUAAUCUUCCUCGUGGGUUUUUAGAGAUACCCUACUUUGUCCUCAUUAUAUGUUACCGCUUGGCAGCCCUAAACUCUGUCACCCCAGGGACACUGUUGCAACUGGUAAAGGACGAUUCCAUAAACAAAGAUGCAAAGUCGUUCUGGAAAGCGAUUGAUGACAAAAUCCAAAUUGGUCCCAGAGAGUCGGCUGCAGUCUGGACAGCCUCACGAAGCUCCUUUGAGGGCUUUACUUUCAAAGCCAAAGUCAGCUUUAAUACAAGGUUUACGCAACCCGUUUUCAAGCUUGAGCUCAGCCAGAUAGAAGCAGAGAGAUCAUGUCAGUUCCAGCGCAUGUUUGGUUCUGAUCGCUUUCUAUACCUCACCUUCCCUUCUUUCAGCGAAAACAUACCAAAGAGAUUUACUCGGAGCCAAAUGCGCCAAAUAGAGAAUAAAUGGCAGUCGUGGCUUAUGCAAGAACACUCCUUCCUUCGACGCAAGUGGCGAGCAUUUUACGUGGAGCCCAUUCAAAAACGAAACACUGGGCGUAAAGCUGAUGAUGCCGACAAACGCGUCGUGUUGUUCGCAACAGAAGGUUUGGAUAUCACAAAGCCAAUGUCGGUCAACGAAAUGCUGAAUGAGUUUCUUGACUUUGAUAUCAAUCAGUGGCAGAAUCUCUACAAAGCAUACUCGCGAAUUGCUCUUGGAUUGUCACGAACGAUACCAACACUUGUGUUCAAGCCGUCACAGAUUCGCCUCGUAAAAGAUAUACGAUCGGACGGUACUCCGGAGGCAAAUGAGUUCAACGAUGAAGGUCUUGAUUGGGAUGAAAAGUGUAGCCAGCCACAAGUGAUGAACGAUGGCUGUGCUCGGAUAUCUGUUGGGGCAGCACGUAUAAUAUGGGAGAUGUAUUGCAGAGCAACCGGGUCAGACGAACCACUGCCAAGUGCCUUUCAGGGGCGAAUCCGAGGAGCGAAAGGUAUGUGGAUGGUUAGUGCCGAGGCCCAUACCCGUGAUGAAGAGCAUAACGAUAUUUGGAUCGAAAUCUCCGACAGCCAAUCUAAAUACGAGCCACACGAAGCCGACAAAAACGACGCUACUUUUAACUCUCACAGGCUGACAUUCAACUAUGUAAAGCAUAGUCAUGUCAACGGAUCUACGGAUCUACAUAUCUCCUUUAUACCAAUACUGGUAGACAGGGGUGUGAAGAGAGAUGUUAUAGCAGACUUCAUAAUCAAGCACCUCAAUGUUGAGCGAGCGCAACUGUUGGACAUGCUUUCUGAGCCUGUCAAGUUGCAUAAUUGGGUCACAAAGCAAAGUUCUGCUACUAGCGGCGUCAUUCCCUGGGAGGCCGCGCUACCAGUCUCUCAAUCUGAGAAGGUCAAACUCCUUCUUAGGGCUGGCUUUACGCCCCAGGACAGUCCUUUUCUCGCGAAAGUUCUCAUCAACUUGAUCCGGCAGCGUCAAAGUGUUAUGGAGCAAAAACUACGAGCACCUUUGGGAAGUGCGACGUUUCUACUUGGGUUGGCUGAUCCUGAAGGUGUCCUUGAGCCUGGUCAAGUGCAUAUCAGCUUCUCCUUGCCAUUUGUCGAUGAGUUUAGUCGCCAGACAUAUCGUCAUCUCGAUGGACUUGAAGUCUUAAUAGCCCGUCAACCGGCAUGCCGUCGAUCAGACAUUCAGAAGGUGCGUGUGGUGACAUAUUCAAAGCUCGCCCACCUGAGAGACGUCAUUGUCUUCCCAACGCGAGGUCAGUACCCACUCGCAGGAAAGCUCCAGGGCGGUGACUAUGAUGGCGACAUCUUCUGGACCUGUUGGGAAAACGAUCUCGUGGAGUCUUUCAAAAAUGCUCCAGCGCCCCUGGCCCCUCCCGGACCCGAAGAAUAUGGAAUCAAAAAGGAUCCCGAAAAGAUCAAUGAAGUCAUGAAUCCCCGUGACCCCUCGAAUGGCAGCUUCGAUCUUUUCCUGAAAAAGGCGUUCGAGUUCCGGAUUGCGCCGUCGUUGUUGGGCAAGGUGACCAAUUUUCUUGAAAAGCAGGCGUAUAAGGAGAACAAGAUCUUCUCAAUUAAAAUCAAGGCACUCUGCGAUGUUCAUGACCUACUAGUCGAUGCGCCGAAGCAGGCAUUCAAAUUCACCGAUGAUGAUUUUAAAGAUCUCAUCCUCAAGAAACUCAAAUGUGGAAAUCCAAAGAUACCUGCAUAUAAGCAGGCCAUGGAUGACAAUGCGAAGAGCAGAGAGAUAGGCGAAGGUAAGAAAGGCAUGAAGGAAUAUAACGGUAACCCAAAGAAUAUCCUGGACCAUCUAUACUUCAACAUCAUACUGAAGCACAAUACCGAGACCCGCGACCAACUCAGCGCCAAAUUACCCAAGGAUCAGGAGGACGAUAAAAUGCUGCAGCUACCUUUCACUCAACUACGCGAUGAGGGUGUACUCAAAGCAGAGUUUGAACAUCUUCGUGAAAACUUCGAACGCAUCAGGCAAGAGUGGAAUCGUAGCCUGGGCGACAAGAAAGAGAUUUCCCGCGAGAGGUACAGCAAAUUACUGCAGAGCUGCUAUGCUGCGUUUCGUGCGCUCAUGCCGUCACCGUCAAGUAGCUCUGACCGGGAAGUUGCGCCGCUAGUAAAAUCUUACUUUGGACCUGGCCACCCCGUACUUUGGGAGACAAUUCGAGCUUCUGCUAUUUACACCUGGUAUCCAAAGAAGACCACUUUGGUGUGGCACAUGGCGGGUAAAGAGCUCGCAAGACUGAAAGCAGCUGGGAAUCCAGAUACGUACCACAUUGUGCCUGCUAUCUUCGCAGAUAUGAAGCCCAAACCGCACAAGGCCCCCAAGCUUGCAGAGGAUGAUGGUGACGAUGAAGACGAAAGUAAUGAAGAUUUGGAAAGCGCGCUUGAGAAGGCCAUGGCAUAA